AUGGACCGAGAGAGCAACAACCUCCGUCGCAGGAUUGCGCAACGGAAGCUGUCAGACACCUUUACAUCGGCUGGUUUAGAAGCCCCGAGUAAACCCGCGACACCGUGGAAGCAAAAAGGAGAAACGCGGCGGCCAACCAUUUCCACUUCUUCUUUCAAGGGCGCUAUACAGGCAGCGGCUGACCGUGGAUCCCGGGAAUACGCAAAUUCAUUCGGUCUCCAUGUUCGCUUCGCAAACGAUGACACUGGAGCAGCUGAUGACGCCAUCCACCUACAAGCCCUGAUGCGCGCCAUGGGUUUGGACCGGGCUCACGAAUAUGUUAUUCCGCAGGUUGGGACGCAGAGCUGGGUUCCGGUGAUGAUGUUCAGGGACCUCCUUAGCGAAGCCAGGAGGUGUCCCGGUCGAAGCAUCGUCGUUUUUCACUUUGCUGGCCACGCUUACCUGGAUAACUGUAAACGACUGGCUUUUCGAGGUAAGGACGACCAGGAGAAGGGCAACAAUAACGGCGGGAACAACUAUCACAACUUCUUCCACGACGCGGACAGUGACAUCGAUUCCGAUGAUGAUGAUGAUGAUGAUGAUGAGAAUUCUAACUCCUCGUUCCCGCUCGAUCCCCUCCUGAAUCAAGUCUAUGCGGGCACAACGUUAAACGACGAUGAUUGUCAAGUCGACGUCGUUUUCAUUCUUGAUCUCUGCCAUGAUUCUAACGAUUGUGGGAUGAUCACGGACAAGGCCAAGUAUAUGCUGCUCACAUCAAAGGGCAGCGAAGUCACCAAGAGCGAUAGAAUCGGUGAAGUCCUUGCGGCAAGCGUAUGCAAGUUGGCCCCAAGAGGCCUGACAGGAGACGGCGCGACGACAGAUAACCCCCAUAGCGACAUUGAUGGCAUACGACAGCGAAAUGGACAGAGCUUUACCUCUAAGCUGGCAGAUUAUGCGGAACGAAGUAGGAAGAGAGCUGGCUUUAUCGAGCUGGCCGAUCUAUUCAGUGUUAUGCGCGCUCAAUAUAAAUCCUCCGUCACAGACAGGAAGCCCGUGCACGGUCUCAUUCGAGGACCGCAUUCUGUGCAAUUUAACUUCCCUAAUAGCCAGCGUUUGCCGUGGGAGUGUCCUGCUUCUUCUUCUUCACUCUCCUCCUCUUUUUCAUACGCGGAAUCAUUACCAUCCGUUUAUGAUUCUUCGUCCGAUUCUUCUUCUGACGACGACGACGACGACGAAGAGGAGGAGGAUGCCAAUGUUGCGGAUGACAAUCUGUCCCGAUCACCAUAUCCCCGAUGGGUUUCCGGCGACUAUCGCGCCAUCUUCAGAGUCGAUCUUAGACCCAACCACGUGUCCAGGGCUAAUACCGACAUGAAAGAGUUGGUGAUGUGGAUACGGGGACAAAAUUGCGGGUCGAUGAAGAUCAUCUCGACACAAGACUUUGAACCGGAACCCCCCGGUGGCUAUAAUCAUACGAAUAUUUACUGUCAUCGUUGUGGAUUCAGCGGGUUGGUUAUUGAAGCGCCUUAUGCUGUCUAUACGCAGCUCAGGGUACUUCCGGGUGUGAAGUUGCUGCUAGAAAAUCGGUCCAGAGAUGUGCUUGUCGGGUCUGUCGAGUAG